CGUCCUCCUCCCUGGCAUCCUCCGGAAACGGAAAGGAUGCCCCUUGCCUUUGUCGCAGGCCAGGUUCAGCUGCAUCUGGAGAUGUGGCGGUCAGCUUGGGCAUUGCGCCACAUCAUUUGAUAUGAUGUUAUUUCCAGCGCUCGUUCUGAUCUCCAACCCCUUGUCCUGAAGUUGGGCCCGAUGAUAUCGAAGGACACCCUCCUUCUCCGCAACCUCUCACCCUCAUGGUCGUUGGGCUCCCCGGGUUUCGCCGUGGGCCGCCCGCUGCCCUUGGGCAAGACCUCGCGCGACCGUCAGGCCGCCGCGCGCCAGGGGCGGCCAUGGCGACCGCCGUGGAGCAGCGGAUCGCGGAGCUGGGCCUGUCCAUCCCGAAGCCGGUGGCCCCCGUGGGCAGCUACUUGCCCUGGAAGAAGGCCGGGACCAUCGUGUACAUCUCAGGGCAGAUCCCCAGGGGGGAGGACAACUCCCUGCUGACGGGCACGCUGGGGGCAGGCUACAGCAUCGACGAGGGUAAGGCUGCCGCCCGCCUGUGCGCAAUCAACCUGAUCGCCCAGAUGAAGUCGGCCUGCGACGGCGACCUCGGCAAGGUGAAACAGAUCCUGCAGGUGCAGGGCUUCGUGAACUCCUCGCCAGACUUCACGGACCACCCCCAGGUGAUCAACGGCUGCUCCGAACUCCUCGUCGAGGUCUUCGGGAAGGAGGUCGGGUCCCACAGCCGCUUCGCGGUGGGCAACACUUCGCUGCCGCUGGGCGUCGCGGUGGAAAUAGGCGCCGUCAUCGAGGUCGAGUGAGACUGCAGCGGCCUUGCAGGGCUAGCUGGCGCCAGGCCAGGCCCGCGCUGCUCGUCCGGAGGGGGGCCUCGUCGGCCCCGGACACCGCGCAGGGCUUCUGCGUCGGCCCAAGUCUGGGCAGCUUCGCCGAGGCAUUUUCUGGCGCGAGGCCGAGGGUGGCCAAACAAGACUCGUGCAGGAGGGCGCGGGGCCAGCGGCUAGGUUCCCGACAUCGUAUCGUGGACGCAGCGCUCUGCAAUCUCUGUCAUUGAUUUUCCUGUGACUUUCCUUCUCAUCAACUAUGCCUCCUCCCCCCUUCCUCCUCCUCCUCCUCCUCCCCCUCCUCCUCC